AUGUCACACGCAGACGCCCGUCGUCGUCAACUUCAUGUUCCGCAAAGACACGCUGCUGAAAUCAAAGACGGCUUUGAAGAAUUACGUCGACAACUUCCAUUUGCAUGUAGUCAUAAUGGAAGGAUAAUGAGCAAGGCCACCUUGCUGCAAAAAACCGCUCAUCAUGUUAAAAAACUGCGAUCAAGGGAGAAUUUUCUUCUCGAGGAAAUCAAUAGGCUUAACAGAAUUGUAUUAUACCUCAACACUCAAUUGGAAAACGAGAAAAAGAUGGGCCAAAUCUAUCGUCAGAUACAGGCUUUUGACAAAGUUUACGACUCUGGAUCUUGA